AUGGACACGAAGGAGGUCAAGUCAACCGUCUCAAAUCUUGAAAAAGCAGUAGAUGACAGUACUAUUCUAAAACUACUCAAUAUAUUGCACGAUGACGUGCAGCCGACUGAGAAACUUCUUAGAGAGACCAAAGUUGGUGUUAUCGUCAACAAAUAUCGAGGCCAUAACAAUCCGCAAGUAUCGUCUCUUGUCAAAAAAAUGAUUCGUGGAUGGAGAGAUGCAGUGCAAGCUGAGAAAAACAGUAGGAAAAAGGCAUCUGCAUCCCCGCUGGCCUCGACAUCAACGGCCACGUCUGUGGCAUCAACUCCUCCUCCACAGAAUAAAGCAUCGUUAUCAUCAUCAUCAGCAACUGCACCGGCACCGGCAUUAGCCACUAGAUCAUAUGUUGGUCCAAGAGAUGCCAAGAAAGACGGAGUCAAUACUCAGAUAUAUGACAACGAAACCCGGAAUGCAUCUGUAGCAGCGUUAUACGGUUCUCUAGCUGUUGAAAGACAAGACCCUUCAAUACACAUACUAGCAAUUGCUAGAGAAAUAGAGAAUGCGGUUUAUAUGGCUGAAUACCUGAAAGUCAACGAACUGUAUAGAAACAAGUUAAGAACAUUUAUCAUGCAAAUUCGCAAUAAGAAGAAUCCCGAGUUGAGAGAGCGGUUGUUGCUGAAACAGAUAACAUCAGAGAGAUUUAUCAAAAUGUCACCUAAUGAAAUGGCACCGGAAUUCUUGAAAAAGGAGAUUGAGAAAAUGCAUAAGCAAAACCUUUUUGAUGCACAAGGUGCAACCGAGAAAAGAGCCGUUACUGAUAGGUUUACAUGUGGUAAAUGUAAACACAAGAAAGUAAGCUACUACCAGAUGCAAACGAGAUCUGCAGAUGAGCCUUUGACUACUUUCUGUACAUGUGAGAAUUGCGGAAAUAGAUGGAAGUUUUCUUGA